AUGGACCUCCUGCUGCUGUUGCUGUUGCUGCUGCUCCAAUUCCUGGAUGGAUCCUUUUCUCAAGAACAGCCAGUGUUUGGUCUUCAUGUCCAGAAGAAGGUGACUGUGCAGAAGGGACUGUGUGUCUCCAUCCCCUGCUCCUUCUACUAUCCCCCAGAAUCCAGGAAUAAUGACACGGCCCAUGGAUACUGGUACUGGAAGGAGUCCCAAGAUGAUCCCGGGGCCACCAAGGAAGACCUCGUGGCCACCAAUGACCCCCAAAAGGCUACCCAGCCCUGGGCCCAGGGCCGGUUCUACUUAAUUGGAGACCCCCAAAUGGACAACUGCUCCCUGAGCAUUACUGGAGCCCAGAAACGUGAUCGUGGGCAUUACGAGUUCCGUGUGGAAAAGGGAAAACUGCGUUAUAGUUACACAAAUGACAGAGUAUUAAUCCAGCCCCCUGGGGUGAGAGGGCAAUCAAAGAAGGAGAGGGGAAAGCCAGGGAAAGGACCUACUAGUGGCAAAAUAGACAGCCUCAGGCUGGACACUUUGGAGGAGCUUUUCAGUCAUCUACCUCACUCUUUCUCUCCCUCUCUCUCCCUCUCUCCUCCUCCAGCUCUGACCCAAAAACCAGAGAUCCACAUGCCAGAGAUCUUAGAACCUGGGCACCAGGUGGCCUUGACCUGUUUGGUUCCUGGGGACUGCAGAAAUGGGACAUCUGCCUCCUUUCUCUGGACUGGGAAUGCCCUCUCUUCCCAACAACUGACCUCAUCAAAAAGGAGUUCCUCCAGACUCCUGUUCACUCCCCAGCGCCAGGACAAUGGCACUAAUCUCACCUGUCAGGUGAGAUUCCCAGAAGGCAGAGUGAACACUGAGAGAACUGUCCAGCUCAGGAUUGCUGGUGAGUUUGGGAAGAGGGUAGAACCCAGAUAGCCAGGUUGCUCAAGGGUGGGAAAGUUAAAGGGGAACCCUAGAAUCUGUAAUACCAGGUUCUUGCUUGCUGAGAUUAUAGGGAGAGGUGAGUCUCUGAGAAUGUCACCCCUUGGAGAGUUCCCAUUUCCUGUUCUUGAUUCUGGUAUGGAAGGUCCCAACCUCAUCAACUCUAGGAUAACAG